AUGACCGCGCCCAACUCGUCGACACCGAUCCACGGGAACUACCACGGGUACUACACCAAGCGACCCUUCGCGAACGACCCCCGAGUAGCCGUUCUCCCUUCCUCCAUCUUCGCCGGUGCCCGUGUGUUGGACGUGGGAUGCAACGAAGGCUGGGUGACGUGCGAAAUCGCACAGUCGAAGGGCGCGAGGAAGGUCGUCGGCGUGGACAUUGACGACAAGCUCGUCCGGCUGGCGUGGAAGCGGAGACGCUAUGUCUGGAGUUUGCAGGAGCCAUCCACCUCGAAGGGUACCAUGGAAGAUGAGAUGCCGCCUGCCCGAAAACGGAGGAAGGUCGACGCCAAUGGGGGCGGUGGGGACACCCUACAGGCAGACUAUUUCCCCGCGUCGUUCGAGCACAUGUUCGGUCCCCUGCCCAUCCCCCCAGUCGACGCCCCUGAUGGUCCUGGACGCGAUGAGUUCCCGCACAACGUUACCUUCCGUGCAGUGGACUGGGUGAACAUGGAGAUCCUGGAGGACAAGGAUGGAUAUGACGUCGCACUCGCAUUCUCGAUAUCCAAGUGGAUCCAUCUCAACGGCGAGGAUGAGGGGCUCAUGCGCUUCUUCCGGCGCAUCCACUCUGUUCUAAGACUGGGAGGCACCUUCGUGCUCGAACCGCAGGAAUGGGAGUCGUAUCACAAGGCCAGGCGCAUGAACCCGAAACUCAAGAGCUUGGAGCACCUGAAGUUGCGUCCGAACGACUUCGAGAAGAUACUCCAGGAGAUCGGCUUUGGGCCUCCUGAGCAUCUGGGGCAAAUUGGCGAAGGCGGGUUCAAGCGACCAAUCGACGUUUACACCAAGUUGAGGUGA